CUCACACUCAGUUCUAGAAAACAAUUUUGGUAUGGUAGCAGUCCCAGAAAGUCAGAAACAAGUCUACUCUGUAUCAACACAUGAACUGCAAAACCAUGCGCUUCAGACAAUUAUGCAGCACCUCUUCGCACUUGACGCAAAGUGAUCCUGUAAGCAAUCUUAAAGCGACAAAGCCUCCUAUCCCAAGCCCAAAAAUAUCUGAGGCUGCCAAACGGAAACCAGUGACAAGUUUUAUUGCCGAUUCAGACACAGUGAAAUGGAAUAUGCAAAUCACCAAAUUCAUGCGGAAUGGCGAGUGCGAAUCUGCAAUGCGCUUAUUCAAUUCCAUGUCUAUGAAAAACAGUGUCUCUUGGAACUCAAUGAUCUCUGGGUACUUGUCCAAUAAUAGGUUCGACUUUGCACUGCAUCUUUUUAAUCAAAUGCCACAUAGGGAUUUGGUGUCCUGGAACGUGAUGUUAAGUGGGUAUGUGAGGAAUAAGAAUCUUGGAGCUGCUAGGUUGUUGUUUGAUCAAAUGCCUCACAAAGACGUGGUCUCGUGGAACACUAUGCUGUCUGGGUACGCUCAAAGCGGGCAUAUUGAUGCAGCAAGGUUGAUUUUUGAUAUGAUGCCAGUGAAGAAUGAGAUUUCAUGGAAUGCACUGCUGUCAAUGUACGUGUGCAAUGGGAUGAUUGAUGCCGCCAAGAGAUUGUUCGAGUCGAAGGAAAUCUGGGAGGUUGUUGCUUGGAAUUGUUUGAUGGGUGGGUAUUUGAAGAAGAGAAUGUUGGCUGAAGCCAGAGUGAUUUUUGAUAGAAUGCCUUUGAGGGACGAGGUUUCAUGGAACAUAAUGAUAUCCUGUUGUGCACAGAAUGGUGAAUUGGAGGAAGCAAGGAAGUUGUUCCAUGAUUCUCCUAUUAGAGACGUGUUUGCUUGGACUUCAAUGGUUUCAGGGCAUGUGCAAAAUGGUAAAGUAGAGGAAGCUAGGAUUUUUUUUGAUGAUAUGGAAGUGAAGAAUGAGGUCUCAUGGAAUGCAAUGAUUGCUGGGUAUGUUCAGUGCAAAAGGAUUGAUUUGGCAAGGGAGUUGUUUGAGGCAAUGCCCUGUAAAAAUACUAGUUCGUGGAACACAAUGAUAACAGGCUAUGCACAAAAUGGUGAUAUUGUUAGUGCAAGGAAUUUGUUUGAAUGCAUGCCUAAACAUGACUGCAUCUCUUGGGCUGCAAUUAUUGCGGGGUAUGUUCAAUGUGGUAAUAGUGAGGAGGCACUGCGCAUGUUUGUUGAAAUGACAAGAGAUGGGGAGAGGAUAAACCGGUCAUCAUUUACAUGUGUCAUAAGUACUUGUGCUGAUAUUGCAGUUUUUGAGUUAGGAAAGCAAGUACAUGGACGAAUUGUAAAGGCAGGAUAUGAAUCAGGCUGCUAUGUGGGGAAUGCUCUCCUAGCAAUGUAUUGCAAGUGUGGAAGCAUGUGUGAGGCACUGGGUGUGUUCAAGGGAAUAGUAGAGAAGGAUGUCGUCUCUUGGAAUACAUUGAUUGCUGGUUAUGCAAGGCAUGGAUUUGGCAAAGAGGCUCUUGAAUUUUUUGAAGUAAUGAAGGGAAACGGUUUUAAACCAGAUGAUGUUACUAUGGUCGGGGUACUGUCCGCCUGCAGUCAUACAGGCUUGGUUGAAAUGGGAAUGGAAUAUUUUGAUUCUAUGAAGGGAGACUAUGGGAUAGAUGCAAAUUCAAAGCACUACACUUGCAUGAUUGAUCUCUUGGGUCGAGCUGGGCGCCUGAAUGAUGCACAAGGCUUAAUCAAGAGCAUGCCCUUUGAACCAGAUGCUGCCACUUGGGGUGCUAUCCUUGGGGCAAGCAGGAUUCAUGGAAACACGGAAUUAGGAGAAAAAGCUGCUGAAAAAGUUAUUGCAUUGGAGCCAUGGAAUGCCGGGAUGUAUGUUCUUUUGUCUAACAUGUAUGCAGCUUCUGGUAGAUGGUCUGAUGUCAGUAAGGUGAGAUUAAAACUGAGGGAUACUGGUACAAAGAAAGUUCCCGGGUAUAGUUGGGUUGAGUUACAAAACAAGAUUCACAUUUUUUCAGUUGGGGACUCCACACAUCCAGACAGUGAAAGAAUGUAUGCUUUCUUGGAAGAUUUAGAACUACGAAUGAAGCGUGAAGGCUAUGCGGUUGCAACAAAAUUAGUCUUGCAUGAUGUGGAUGAGGAGGAAAAGGCACAUAUGUUGAAGUAUCAUAGUGAAAAAUUAGCUGUUGCAUUCGCAAUUCUGAAUGUGCCCCCUGGGAGACCAAUACGUGUGAUAAAGAAUUUAAGAGUUUGUGCAGACUGUCACACUGCAAUCAAACUUAUUUCAAAACUUGAAGAAAGAUCAAUAGUUCUACGGGAUAACAACAGGUUCCACCACUUCAAUGAUGGUAUAUGCAGCUGUGGCGAUUAUUGGUAAAUGGUAAUGCCAAUGAACUAUGGGUGCAACGUAUAUGGAUCAAGACAUGGUGAUACAUUUGAAUAUAGUCCGCAUGCUAGCAACAACGUUAUGCUUAGUGGAAAACAGGAUUGAUGGGAAUGAUAUGAACGGAGGGUUAAUGUCUCAAGAGAAAUCUAUGUGUUGAUUCGUUGGAAGUGCCUUUUUACGUUCUACUUCAGGUUAUCCUGAAUUCUAGUUUGCUGGUACUUGUAUCAAUCUGCUGUGCGUGUCAUUUGUAGCUGUCGAUAGAGAUCAGGUUGUGCCAAAUGGGGUUUAAACAAUACAUCAUAGAAUACAGUUUCUGAUAUACAUAUGUAGUGAGGAAAAUCCUCCAAUGACCCGUUGUGCACAGCUUGUGAGGUGGCUGUAAUUUUGAUGCAGAACAAGCUAAAAGAAAUGGUGGUGAAGGAGAAAGUGUUUGAAUAUGUUAAUCAGGGAAAGUCUUGCAGCUUCCAGGUCAACUUAUUUCUGGUUGAGAAGGUACAUACACUUGGAUUUAUAUGUUCUCCGAUAGUCCCAUACACCAAAAGCGUUGAUUGGAAACUUGUCACGUGGGAGGCCUUCAUUAACAUAGAAGGCUUUGAGUAUACUCGUGUACUGAAGAAACAAGGAGACAAAUUUAUUGAAUUUCAUGAAAAUUUAAUUCUUAUAUAUUCUCAUGACAGAUGUUUAUGUAAUUCUGCUUCACCAUAGGCAUGGAAUAUAUUGAAUUUUGAAGUACAAUUAUUAUGUUAGAAUUUACAUGGCUUCAUUAGUUGUAGUCGUUGGCUUGCUCUCAUCGCCCCAAGACACAGAAAAAAAAUUAUGGUUUGAAGUAA